AUGUAAUUUAAAAUAUUUAACAACAAAAUAGAGCAUCAACAAAAGAAAAUCAGUGCCAAAAUGGUACCAACUCCAGGAGUAGGAUACUAGAAUUAUUAGUCUUUACUCAGUCAGUCUUUUUAAUUCUCACAGAAUUAGAAUAAGAAUUUCAAUCCAAAAAAAAGCGACAUUCAAAAAGUAAACACAGCAGCAAUAUAAUAAUUUCCAAGUCUGAUCAAUCUGCCUUAACUUUUGAAAUUGUUUGCCCAUCCUUAUUACUUAUGGACAAAUUACUCAGUGGAAGCGAUUGCUAAUUUCUAGAAGUUACCUCCGCAACAUUAUAAAUCAGGUUGGGUGCUUGAAAAAGUAGCCAGGAGUUUUAUGGAUCAAGUGAAAUAUGCUGAUGCAGAGAAAGUUUGGAAGGAAAUGAGACAAAUAGAGCCGAAUCGCUUGGAAGGUAUGGAUUAUUAUUCAUCUUGCUUAUGGCAUCUGAAAAAACAAUCAGAAUUGACAUACUUAGCUUAUUCAUGUUCGUAAAUCAGUAUGCUAGCACCUGAAACCUGGAUAGCUAUUGGAAAUUGCUUUAGUUUAAGUAAGGAAAUAGACAACUCAAUAAAAUUCUUCGGAAGAGCUAUUUAGUUAAGAAAAGAUUAUUCUUAUGCUUAUACCCUAUCAGGUCAUGAGUUCUCACAAAAUGAAAACUUCCAGUAGGCUAAGAAAUCUUAUGACAUGGCCACUUCCUUAGACCAGAGAUAAUACAAUGCUUGGUGGGGACAGGGAAACAUGUACUAUAAGACUGACAAAUAUGACGAUGCCAUCAGAUGUUUCACGUAGGCCUUAAAGAUAAACUCAAACAAUCCAGUUCUACCAACAUUUUUGGCUAUGAGUUACGCUGCCAAGGGAGAGCAUGCUGAGGCUUUGAAAUACUUCGAACAAAGUGAAAAAUUAGACCCGCAAAAUGGGUUAAAUAAGUACUAGAAAGCUAAUUCAUUAAUAAAAUUAGAUUAAUACGAUGAUGCCUUAAGUGAAUUGUAGAGAUUGAGAGAAUUGAUACCGAAAGAAGCAGCAAUUUACAUCUUGAUGGGGCGAAUCUAUAAGAAACUGGGGAAGAUUUAAGAAGCAUAGAAUUGUUUCAGCACUGCAAUGUCACUUGAUUAAAAGGAUUCCGCAAAGAUCAAAGGGUUAAUGGAGAGUUUAAAUAAUCCGAAUAGCGAAUUCAACGAUGAUUUUGAUUUAUGA